AUGGCCACCGGAAGAUUCUUUAUAGAAGUCGGGUUACCUAAGCAAAAGUCUCACGGAGAUGGGGUUCUCUUCCCGAUGGUGUUAACCCCACUCUCUAAGACUAAGCUGAAUGUCGAGAAAAAACUUUGCGAUUUUCUGUUGGCAAUCAAAGCUGAAAAACCAUUACUGGAGUCUCUUGUCAAGAAAAGAGGCGUUAUUCUCUUCCGAGGCUUCCCUGUUAUCACGCUUUCUGACUUCAAUGACGUCGUCGAAGCCUUUGACUUCCCUCCAAAGCUCUACAUAGGUGGGCGGGGCUUACGCUCCAAUGUCAUCGGCAGGAUUAUGACUGUGGAUUCAAGACCUCCAGAGAUAAAAAUACCUUUCCAUCACGAGAUGUCUUAUCUUUCAGACUUCCCAUCCAAAUUAUUUUUCUUUUGUGAAGAAGAACCAGGAAGCGGGGGAGAAACUCCAAUUGUUUUGAGUCAUAUCGUAUAUGAAAAGAUGAAAGAAAAGCACCCGGAGUUUGUUGCUAAACUGGAGGAGCAUGGAUUAACGUAUACAAAACUAAUGAGCGAUGAGGAUCAUCCAUCAUUAUAUGCUGGUAGAGGUUGGAAGUCGACAUACAUGACCAAUGACAAGAAUGCCGCAGAGGAAAGAGCGGAAAAGCAAGGCACAAAGCUAGAAUGGAUAGGGAAUACUGCAAAAUCUAUUACAGGUCCGAUGCCAGCAAUAAGAUUCGAUAAGGAAAACCAACGUAAAACUUGGUUCAAUAGUAUGGUAGUUGGUUACAAUGACCCUAGAGAUCCUCAACACUGUGAUGUGAAUAUAUCUACUAAGCUAGCAAAUGGUGAACCUUUAUCGGAUUCUGUCAUGCAAGAUUGUUUGAGAAUCAUGGAAGAAGAGUGUGUUGCGAUACCUUGGAAGAAAGGUGAUGUUAUGCUUGUUAAUAAUUUAAUGGUUCUUCACAGCCGACGACCACUAGUAACGCCGCCUCGUCAAAUUCUCGUAUCACUUUGCAAGUAAGGGAUAAAAGGAAUAAUUUGACUUUUUUUAUUAAUAAAAAGGUGUACAAAAGCAAGUAUGCUUUGCACCUAGAAGGCAUG